UUGUUCUCUGUUGGGUUCAAUGGUCGCGACUGAUGGCGGCGGUUGGUUGUUCUGCUUACAGCGGCCAAGGGUGGAAGAAGCCCCGCACCAGCGAAGGAGUGAUGCAAUCCAGCUCAGCUGAGACUGAUUGCUGGGAUUUCUGGGAUACAUGUGCCUGGCUUGGCAGCGCCCCGGGCGGCUGCUUCCUUGGCAUCCAUCAGUUCCCGCCUAAUUUGCAGGUGCCUCGGGAUUCGUCCCUUGCCGCGUGAGCACGGGCGGAGCUGACUGUCAAACAAGGUGCGGGUCUGCUGUCUUUCAGGAGCGGCAACGUGCCAGAGGUGCCGGCAGAAGCACACCGUCCCUCGAAUUUGCCUGCAACACGGGCCUGGUGGAGGGGAGCCGAGGCACCCAAAUCUAGCUAGGUCGUACCUGCCAAGGUAUCGGACCCUAUCUACCUACCUGUAGGUUUGGAGCUUUGAAGCGAACCAACGCGAGCGCGCGAGAGAGGACUACGCCCAAGUCUAAACAGAGAAGCAAACCAACCGCAACCGAAGCGAAAGAAGAACGACAAAGAAAGAUAGAAACACACGUCGGCUGCUCUCGAACGCACCCCCACGGCCCCCGACGCACCGCCGGUCGCGAUGCUUUCCGCAACGCGGCGAUGGCUGCGCCGGAAUAGGACCCCCAUCGCCGUCGGCGCCGGUGUGGUCGGCGCCGGCUACAUCGCGGCCCGCUACGUGCUCGGCAAGAUUAGCGACGCGCGCGAGCGCAUGAGCAGCGACCGCAUCGCCAAGGAGAACCUCCGCCGGCGCUUCGAGCAGAACCAGGAGGACUGCACCUUCACGGUGCUGGCCCUGUUGCCCACGGCGGCGACCAACAUAAUCGAGGCCAUGAACACGGAGCAGAUCACGUACCAGAUCCAGCAAAUGAAGGCCAGGCCACUCACCUCGUCGGCGCCACCAAGCAUCGCCGACACGACACUAACCGACGACGACGGCCAGUCCAGCCUCGCCGCCACCGCGCCUCCCGACCCUGCCCCUACCACCGAUGGCACCAAAAGGAAGACCAAGCGCCAGCUCUGGGACGAGCUGGCAAUGAGCUCGAUAACCAGGUCAUACACGCUUCUCUACACCCUUGCUCUACUGACCAUGUUCACGCGCAUACAACUGAACCUGCUGGGGCGCCGGAGCUACCUGUCGAGCGUGGUGGCGCUCGCCACGGGAUCGGCACAGGCUGCGAUCGGGCUCGAGGACAACGAUGACGGCGGCUCGGACCGCCUGUCGUACGGCAGCGACUUCGAGAUCAACCGCCGCUACCUGACCCUGAGCUGGUGGCUGCUUAAUAAGGGCUGGGUGGACGUCAGGACCCGCGUUGAGGCGGCCGUCGCGCGCGCCUUCGGUCACUUGAGCCCGCGCGACGACCUCUCGCUCGAAGCAUUUGGCGCACUCACCUCUCGAGUCCGGGGAGAGGUCGAGACGGGAGCGGGGUGGCUCGGGUUCCUGCUGCCGCCCGUGGGCGAGGAAGAGUCGGUGCUGAGGAUGUCUGGUAUUCUGGGUGACCGCGCUGCAGCCCUCGAUGAAAGCGCCGUGGUGGUUCCCCCAGCGACCGAGACUGUGCCGUCGGCACUCCGGCGGCUGGUGGAUGAGACGUCGGAUCUGAUCGACUCGCCCUGCUUCACGCAUGUGCUUGGGCUGCUUCUCGACGCCGGCUUCGGCGCCAUGGCGGACGGUGAACUGGCCGAGACGGUGUUUGCAGCGUCGCCUGACGGCGUCACACCGAAGACGGUGCAACUGCCCAAGAUCCUGUCGUCGCUCACCCGUCAGGCCCACGCCAUCGGCAACGCGAUGCCUAACCGCUACCUGCAGAGCAUGGAAUCCGUCCGCGACCUCGAGGCCUUCGCAGCCGUCGUCUACUCGAGCAACUGGGAGAACGAGAUGAAGGACAACAGCGCCAGCACCGUGCUGGUGCCCGCCGCUCAGUCGUCGUUCGAGGGCGCCUGGGGAAGGGCCACCACAGAGCGGCAAUCCUGAAUUGCGGGGGAUGCUUCGAGGAAAAACCUGACCAGGGCGGGUGGAUGACGAACCUUAAGGGACAUAUCAUGCAGACGGCCCCUCUGGCCCGACCAUCUACCGUGCCUUGCUUGAUUUAGUAAUGUAGUGAUAGAGAGGACAUUUUUGAAGCCACCGACAUGGGCUGGGAGUGUCCCAGCGACCUUGGAUAAGCCAUAUCUCACCGAACUAGCCUUUUCGAUAUUUCCCAGCCAUGAAAGCUUGUGAUAAUGGUAGAUGCUCUACUUGCAUUCCUGGCCUUGCCCUCUUUUUCUAGCACAGCGUAGCCUAGUAGAGUACAUAUAUCAUGUUGCAAACAAGCCUCGGGGCUGUCUC